AUGUUGACGCAGUACGUGAGGUCUCGGGAGGCAGAGGUGGCCCGAACAAUGGCCGGAGACACGGAACACCUGGCGGCACAUCACCUGCACAGUCUACGCCGUCUCUCUCUCGUCUCCCACGCCAGCCAGAGGCACCAUGACCUCACUGAGAAGGAGGAACUCGCGGCCUUUCACACGACCAUUACUCAUGUCACGACCCAGCUAGAAGAGGAGCUAGCAGCUGCACGUGUCGAGCGGGAGAGCGUCCUGGAGGACUCGUGGGCCAAGUUAGCUCAGUCCAUGAGAGACCACGAGGCCCACACUGCUUCCUUGAGGGCCAACUGCCACCACCUCCAAGACCGCGUUUCUACCAACCAGAAGAACCUCGUCAAAGUCAACCAGGGCAUUAGCGACAUGCAGCAAGAAGUCGAGCAGUUGCGAAAACGUCUGAAGCAGCAAGAUGAGGAGUCUGACGCAGCGCAGGAGUUGCAGCAUCUGAAGAGCAUCCUGCAGGUGCUUCGGGUGUCUCUCACCACACACAGGCUCCGCAGCAGGACGCUCAUCAAGGCCAUCAACCAGAGGGGAUACUCCGCUAAGAAGCAACUGGAAGAGGUCGCAAAGGAAGGAAAGGCAGUGUUGGAGUUGGCUUCAGCGUGCAGGCGACUCGAAACCCCCCGGGACCGUAAUAUUCCUUUCAUGCCAACUGCGCCACAGCCCUCUGCAGCUUCCGUCCCCGAUGACACCCUCACGACACGACUGCUGUCUGUGACUUCUGAGCCGGCCAGUGAAGUCCAAGUGAGGCCGGUAGCGAAGGAUUUAGAAACCCAGGUGGCAAUGAACUCCGAUGCUGACGAAGGACUUGGGACGUCAGUGAACUCCUCCAGGCGGUCAGGCUCGACGAUCAGGGCGCCGCUGCGGAAGGUAAGCAGCGUGAUGGAGGCCGACGAGGGCGUGGCGUCCGUCAACGGCUCCUCCAGCACGACGGCGACGCCCCUGACCCUGCCGAAGAUCCCCGUCGUUGCUCCUGGGAAGGGGGGAAGCGCAGGAGGACGAGGCAGCGGGCGGGGCAGUGGGAGGCAGAGGCUCGGUCGUGAUAAACUCGCCAGGAUCAACGAGCUCCUGAACCACGAAGAAGCUGCUCAGGAGGCCGCCCACACCCACGGGCCCGAUCGGUCUUCGUCCCUCGAUCCUCCGCCGGACUUCGUGCUGCAGGAAGCAGACACGGUGCUCAAAACCCACGACGAUUUAAGGAACUUCUGGCGCAAGUACCACCACGUGCAGCUCGAACGCUUAGCUCUGCGGAGCGAGGCGGAAGCCCUUCGUCAGGAAGGGCAGCAGCUGAGGGCGAGACUGCGGUAUUACCUCGUGUCCCUCGGAAUGACCGACGCGGCGCUGACCCAGACCGCCGCCCCCGUCACGGUCUCUCAUGUUACUCUCAGUCUUUAUCGCAAGGACGACACGCCGGCCAAACGGAGAUCGAAGUCAGUUCCGGCGGGCAUAGUGGGCGGGAGGAUGAUGACGAGAGCAGCGGCUUCAAAGGGCCCUCUCAUCGUGCAGGAAGGGGGUCUGCUGGUAAAGGCCGCUGCAAUGCACUCCACACAGAGGAUCUUUACCUGAUUGCUCCUACGCGUCUGCUGUGUUGAUAAAUGCCUCGCCUUUAUUUUUGUAAAGGGAAUCUACUGUAAUGAAUAAAUC